UUACAGCUUCCAGCUCUUCAGCUCCUGCUUUUCUUUUUAUUCACAACACCUGAACACAACAUCAUUGAAGUUGGAUCUGUGUGCAGAACAAACAGAAGCAAGGACACAUGGCUUGUACAACACAGUCUGCCUUAGAUUACGGGAAGAGUGUUCGAGUCCACCUUGUGAGAGAUUUAAAUAAUCUCUCAGUGGUUGUGGAGAACUUGCACCAGCAAAUAGUUUUCAGUGAUGAAAAGGUCAGCAAAAUACAGGCAUAGAGAGAUGACUGUGAUAAAAUCAGGAGAAUACUGGACUCAGUCACUAAGAAGGGCGAAGCAGCGUGCCAAGUGUUCCUCAGGAUUAUUGACGUGACGAGGAAGAGGACCUUAGGGAGGACGUCCCUUCUCCCUGAGACAAAGAGUUCAGCUUCUACUGAGACCAGGAAGUUUGACCUGCACCACUGGAUCAGCUGCUUUUCUUUCAAGGACGACACACAGAUGGAUAUAAACUACUUACAAGGCUCAGGGCCGUGCCUCAGAUAUCAGGCGAAGUUAAAGUCAAAAGCACAAAAAAUAUCAAAUUACUUUUGGAAGGCAAACAAAAAUCAGUUUGAAGGAAACAACAAGCCUGAUCUGUCGUACACUGACCUUGUGUUAGACACACAAGGAAGUGUUUCUCCAUCUAAAAUAAAGACAUUUAAGAGCAAGAUGAGUCGCCCUAAAAAGCUGAGGACAUACAUCCCUGAGGACAGACUAGACAUUUCCCCCAGUGAGCUGCUGAAGACAGAUAAAAACAUCCUCUUGGUUGGUAAGCCUGGAAUUGGAAAGACAGCACUCACUCACGAAAUGUUGAAACUUUGGGCAGAAAGAGACAACAAGGAGCUCGACUACAUGUUCUACUUUGACAUGAGAGCAACACCCCACAUCAGAAAGACCAAGAGCUUGGAGGAUCUUCUUUUCAUUGUGUUCAGUGAGCCAGAUGAAGGCAAAGAAGAGGUCUUACAGGACAUAAAGAAGAACUCUGGCAACGUUACACUAAUUUUUGAUGGAAUCACAGAUCUCUCUUCAUCAGUGGUGAAGAGACUCGUAGAGAAGGACCUACUACCUGAUGCCAAGGUCAUCAUUACAUGCAGACCAGAUGAUGAAGAAGACUUCCUUUCUGGGGACUUCCUCAGAGUGGAAGUGAAAGGCUUUAGUGAGCAGACCAUAAAAAAAUAUUUAUCUGCAACACUAGGAGAAGAACAGGAGAAGGUUUUGAGCAACCUGGAGUUGUUAACUCUUUGCUAUGUCCCAAUGUAUGCACUGAUGGUGGCUCUCGGCUUUUCAUCAGAGACACCAGAAGACUCUCCACAGCCAUGCACUGUAACUGAAAUCUACAUCAAUAUUGUUCGUCGUUGCCUUCAAACAAUCAGCAAGAAAACAAAAACCAAAGAUCUAAAUUCCUUCAUCAACAAUAAGAGUGAAGAAAUUCUGUCUCUGGCCGAGUUUGCUUUUAAAGCAACUGUAGAAAAAACUGUGAACUUGACAGAACUGCCCUGUGAAGACAGCUGCGUCCUCUCCUUCCUGAAAACCUCUUAUCAAAGUGGCCCCCACUGA